AUGGAACUUCAAAAUGGAACUAAUUUCUUAAAUUCCGAUGAAAUAAACAAGACUGAAUUAUGGAAACUUUUAUCAAAUUGUGGAAAACUUAUUGAAAUUCCAGAGAAUAAUACAUAUUACAUUAAUGGCACAGGACAUAUGCCAGGCCUGUUUAAACAACACUGGGUUGUAUUAUACAAUGUCGCCUUUGAUGUAUUCUUUGUUGGGUGUAUACUGCUCGCCGGAAUAACAGGGAAUAUAUUAAGCGGAUUUGUACUGGCUCGUGAUCGAUCUCAUGGAACAACAAGUUUAAUAUUAACCAGUCUUGCUGUAUUCGAUACCUUAUUUCUAAUUCUAUGCUUCUUUUUUCAAUUCCUUAAAACAUUAUCCCUGUAUAUCCUAUGGUUAUCAUAUAUGAAUUUCUAUGCGCAUACAAGUAAAGUGUUGUAUGCCUCUGGAAUGGCAGUAAGAAUGAUGCGAAAUUGGACAGUUGUCCUGGUGUCAUUAGAACGUUGGGUAGCUGUAUGCAAACCGUUACAUGCACCAAGUAUCUGCACACGUAAGAAAGCGCAUAUUGCAAUCACGCUGAUUGUUGUCCUGUCAUUCCUAUAUAAUAUUCCACAUUUUUUUAUUGUUGAUGCAAUGCCGUAUUUGUGUUAUUACAACACUUCAGACAGUAUGGUUUCGAGUGGAUAUUUUAAUUAUACAAAUUUACCCAGAGGUAUUUUAGUCUAUGACAGUGCUAUACGUCAAUGGGUUGAAAAUAAUUAUCCAUUUCGGCUGAUAUAUCGUUUAAUUAGUUAUACAAUAUUAAUAAUUAUCUUACCAAAUGUUAUAAUUGCUAUAUUUAAUGUAUUAUUAAUUCGUGGAAUUAAAUACGCCAAUCAGAGAAGAGCUCAAAUUGUUGCACGUAUUGAUUGUGCUAAUAGACAAUUUGAACAGUGUAAUUAUCAUUCCUUACAUAGAGAUUAUCAUCAUCAACAUCAACCACAUCCCCAUCAUCCUCAUCCCCAUCCUCAUCAUCAUCAUCAUCAUCACCACAAUAUGCCAAAGUAUAUUCAUUCAACACCGAGUUCUUCGGAUAAUCAUGCCUAUUUUGUACGUAUUUCAAAAUCGAAUCGUUCACGUACAAUGGAGGUGAAUCGUCUAUGCGUCGGGGUGAUUAUUAUCUAUUUAGUGUGUGAAUUACCAGCUGUCGGUUAUCAAAUUAUCCACCUGAUGAAUCAUCGUAGUUUAAUUGAAAUUACCCGGCCUGUUACAAACGCCUUGGUCUGUUUAAAUAGUGGUGUGAAUUUUUUUGUCUAUGUAUUUCUUGGACGAAGAUUUCGCUCUCAGUUGAAAGAUAUAUUUCGUAAUCUUAUUAAUAAGUGUAAAAAGCAUAAUGAACAGAGAAAGUUGACUGUGCAUACAACUCAGUAUAUGAAUUCGCUACGGCAUGAUAUGGCAUCAGUGGAUAAAGAAAGUGAACAAUUGUUAAUGAAAGAUAAUAACACCAAUAGUAAUAAUGAUAUUAAUAAUAACAAUAAUAGUAAUAAUAAAUUUUCAAGACAAAUUCCCCCGUCUGAUUUAAAACCCAACGUGAAUCGGCUUAGUUUAAGUGCAGCUUAUACUACGCAAACAUCGAUUAUGGAAACAUAA